AUGGAUUUUGACAGCCGAAUUAAGGCCUAUCGGUUCGUUGCUUAUUCCGCUAUUGUAUUCUCGGCAGUAUCUGUUUUUUCUGUCUGUAUUACACUGCCAAUGGUUUACAACUAUGUAUACAACGUUAAGCGACAGAUGAACAACGAAAUUGCGUUUUGUAAGAGUUCUGCAAGGGAUAUAUGGGCAGAAGUUCACGAACUGAAAACCCUUCCGGGCAGAAAUCGUACUUCACGUCAAGCUGGUUAUGGGGAAGUCAGCAAUCGAUGUGAAGAGUGUUGCGUCCCAGGUCCACCUGGUCCACCAGGAACCCCCGGGAAGCCAGGAAGGCCAGGGAAACCAGGUGCUCCAGGACUUCCUGGAAGCCCAGGAAGACCACCUGUCCAGCCUUGUGAACCAAUUACUCCACCUCCAUGCAAGCCUUGCCCGCAAGGACCUCCUGGACCUCCAGGAAUGCCAGGGCCUAUCGGUGACGCAGGAACACCUGGAGCCCCAGGUGCUCCAGAACCGGGAACACCAGCACCAAAUGAAGCUUUGGUUCCUGGAGAACCUGGCCCACCGGGAGUUACAGGGCCGCAGGGACCACCAGGGGCUCCAGGUGAGCGAGGAAGCGACGGCAUUCCGGGAAUGCCAGGACCGAAGGGACCACAAGGGCCGCCUGGUGCUCCAGGAGAUGAUGGUGCACCAGGACCUCCAGGUGAACAAGGUCCACCAGGAAAUCCAGGAGAAAAGGGUAUCUGUCCCAAAUACUGUGCCAUCGAUGGCGGCGUUUUCUUUGAAGAUGGAACUCGGCGUUAA